AUGAUAAUAGGAGCAAUUAAAAUUAAGGAUGGACUUUUUAUUGGUGAUGAAUUUGCAUCUAAAGUAAUUUUAUCUAAUUAAUUAUUAAAGGAUCUUGAAUUUGUCAUAUAAAAUAAAGUCAGUCAUAUAAUAAAUUGUGCUGCUAAAUAAUUACCUUGUGUAUUCGAAAACUAUGGAAUAUCAUAUCUAAAAUUUAAUUGGUAAGAAAAUGAGCAGGUAUAUAUCAAUUUUAUUGAAUCAGUAAGUGUUAUUUCAAAAUGAAAAUGUGAAUGAAAUAUAUCAAUUUAUAGAAUAAGCACAUUAAAAUGGUGAAUCUGUGUUAGUACAUUCAGUUAGAGGUUAAUCAAGAUCAUGUUGUGCAUUAGCAGCAUUUUUUAUGAAAAAAUAUAAAUGGAAACUAUAUAAAACUUUAGAGUUCUUAAAUACUAGAAGACCUGAUUUAGAGAUAAGGGCUAGAUUUUAUCACUAAUUAACACAAUUAGAAUCUAAAUUGAGUAAGAGAGGUGAAGGAGGAUUAUCCAGUUCUUGGUAGCCUCAUGAAGAAGUUGAUCUCCCACUUGAUGAAGAUGAAAAAUUAUUACGUAAUACGUUUUAGAAUUCAAAAUCAAGUAAUGUUGACUCUUGUUGGUUAGAUAGAAGAUUAUUUAAUUAAUAUUUAAAUGAAAAUAGACCCAAAACAAUUUCAUGGGCAGAUGAAACAUUAAUUAAAAAAUCUCAAAAGAAAAUGAAAUAGAAUACUACUAAACCAACAGUUAAAUUAAAUAAUUAAAAUAAUAUUAAUGGAAAUGUUUAUCAUGUAACAGUUAAUAAUUAUUUAACUUUAAAAGAAGAAUAAGAAAAGUGUAUUACUAGUUUAAAUUCAAGAGACUCUACCUAAAUGUCUCUUAUUAAACCAAGUAGUGGAACAAUUAAGAGAUAAUAAAAUGAUAGUCUAAAAAAACAUUAGGAAUAAAAAGAAAAGUUAUAAGGGAAAUCAUAAUCAAUGAAAUAAUAGAAAAGAGAUCUAAGUGAAAGACCAAAAUCAGCUUAUGCGUAAAAUCUUUAUUUUAUUCUAGUUAGCCUGAACUAUAACUUAUGCCUAAUUUGCCUAAACCAACUACUGGAUUAGCCUAUAGAUAAUAUUCUCCAUUGGUCAAAGGUAUUUGAGAUUUCUCAUAAUUUAAAGGUAAUGCUAUCCCAAAAGCUAAUUAACUUAUUGCUACUAGUAAAAAUAAGGGAUGGAGAUAUCCAUCUCCUGGAUAAAUUAAAAAUGAUGAAAGCAUUAUUUAAUCAAUAAUUAAUAGUAAACCAGUUUGGAAAUGA